AUGGCGACGUGGUCACCCCGCAGUGCCAGCUGCGCGAUUAGCCGCGCGGGCCCCCCCACCCGCCCUCGUGUCGGCGCGGGGCGGUCCCUGGCCCAGGCGGGGCUCCUCGCGGCCCAGUCUCCCCCCCGAGCAGCCACCCUGAGCCCCUGUCCUCGGGCCCGCCGCCUCCCCCCAUCCCUCCGUUUCGUCCUCGCCUCCGCGCAUCUCGCUCCCGAACGGAGUUGCUCGUCCCCGCCCGCCUUUCCACCUCCAACUCAACCUCCCUUCCUGGCGCCACACGGCCCUGUGGCCCGUCCCAGCGGUAGUUCGCCCUCUCUGUCUUGGCGCGCCCUGCGCCCGGCCCCGUGCGCCAAAGUGCCCACCCUCCGUAGCCACACCCCCACCAAGCACACCCACAUAAAACGAAUCCCCCUCGAACCCGCGUAUAUACUGCACAUGCGCUAUCACACCACAGAUAUCUUCAGACCCCAGGCGAUUGCAAAACGUCCAGUAUGUGCGCCCCUCAACCCCGAUUUAAAUACAAUUAUAUAUCCACAUGCCCAAGAAAGCACACACUCAGGAAGACUCUCGGACACUGACCGUCCGGGCAGGGAUCAACAGGAUAACAGUUUUCUGCAGCUCACCAAUUAUGGUCUCAAUAUCUCUUCUGCAGCGUCUUUGGGGUAUUUCCAAGUGCCCCCAAUACUAUAG